AUAAGCUCUGUAUUACUAUUAGUCUAUAGAUUGUAUGGAAAAACACUAAUCUAUUGGUUGUUGUAUUAGUUGUUUCCUAAUCUCAAGUUAUAUAUCAUAUUAGAGGUCAUUAUCGGUACCGAUAUUAUUAUAGACAGACUACCAGUGCUUAUAAAAAUCUAUUUCAUUCAAACAGUGAAGACUAGUGAAGAAAUUAGUUGUCAAAACUUGUCGUUGAAAUUGUUUAGUCAUAUAAAUCCAAAUUCAUAAUUACCGAUAAACCAUGAGUUCGCCCAUCAGAGUCUUGAUUACCGGAGCCGCCGGUCAGAUCGGCUACAGUUUGAUUCCAUUGGUGGCCAGUGGACAAGUAUUUGGUGCCGAUCAGCCAGUAAUUAUUCAUUUGUUGGACAUUGAAUUUAUGGCCGGUGUACUCAACGGUGUGGUUAUGGAGAUCAACGAUUGCGCCUAUCCGUUGGUCAAAUCGAUAGUGGCCACCACUAAUGAAGCCGAAGGUUUCAAGGACAUUGAUGCGGCAUUUUUGGUAGGAUCUAUGCCCCGACGGGAGGGUAUGGAACGUAAGGAUCUGUUGGCCGCCAACGUUAAGAUCUUCAAAAGUCAAGGCAAAGCACUGGCCGACCACUCGAACCCAAACGUGAAAGUGCUGGUCGUCGGCAAUCCGGCCAAUACUAAUGCGUUGAUUGCGGCCAAGUAUGCCGCGCCGAAGAUUCCCAUUACCAGCUUUACGGCUAUGACUCGUUUAGAUCAAAACCGAGCGGCCAAUCAGUUUGCCGCUAAACACGGCGCUGCAGUCAAAGAGGUAUCCCGAGUGAUCAUUUGGGGCAAUCAUUCAUCCACUCAGUUUCCCGAUGUAAGCAACGCUUUACUUCGUGGCGAAAAAGCGCCGUUUGACGGACACGACGACGCUUUUAUUCAGUUGAUCCAAAAGAGAGGUGCAGCCGUUAUAGCCGCUCGUAAACUGUCGUCGGCUAUGAGUGCGGCCAAAGCGGCAGCCGAUCAUAUGCACGACUGGUGGAACGGUACCACUGAGUGGGUGUCAAUGGGUGUCGUCUCCGACGGUAAUAAAUAUAACGCACCCGAAGGUGUUAUUUUUAGUUUCCCCGUUACUAUCGAUUCUAAAACCAAAGAGUGGAAGAUUGUUGACGACGUACCGCUCGAUGAUGUGGCCAAACAGCGACUCAAAUUGACCGGCGAUGAGCUGCUGGAAGAGCGAACCGAAGCCUUGGCGGCGACCAAUUAAAUGGCCGCCAAUCGGUUCGGUGUGACAGCAAUUUUUAGGGACAAGUUUUAACUGAAUUAUCCAACAAUUAAUUAUAGAAAUAAUGUUUAGGGUAUAUAUCAUAAAAUUUCAAUUAAUUUAUCGGGCAAUAAGUACAAUUACCAAUGUAAUAUAUAUACCAAAUUAUAAUACUGUAAUACCGGUAAUUUUUAACUAAAAAAGUACAUUUUAUUUUUGAUGCUAUAAUUUUACAAUAAUUGUAAAUUCAGUACAUAGUAUAAUGAAUCUAAAGUUUCUAAUGAAUUAGUUCUAUAAUUAUAUAUUAUUUUGUUAUAUUUUGUUUUUAAAAAUCAAAUGAUUUUAUUUUUUUGAAUUUUUAAAAAA